AUGGCUUUUUCUGACCCCUUCUCCAGUGCCACGAUAGCGAUCCAGAUUAGAGGUGGGCGCAAUUUUGGGGGCCGAAAUUUUGUGUUCGUUCCUGUGUUACUUAGCUCUCUCUCCGGCCGCCCCGGACUCACUCUGGCCUGUUCUCUUCUCUUUUCAGAUUGGAAAGGCGCCUUUCUCCGAGCCGCAAAUGUGACCCUGGACCCCAGGACGGCUCACCCCUGCCUGGAGCUGUCUCUGGACGGGAAGGCCCUGAGUAACACGGGUCCCAGACCCGCGCUGCCCGCCGCCCCCGGCCGCUUCGACGUCUACGCCUGCGUGCUGGGCGCCGAGGGCUACACGGCGGGGACCCACUUCUGGGACGUGCAGGUCCCCGGCGCCGGGGGCUGGGCUCUGGGCGUCACCCGGGCGUCCGCCGGCCGCAAGGGACGGGUCCCAUUCAGCCCCGAGCACGGCACCUGGGCCAUCCAGCUCUCCAUGGGCCAGUACCGGGCGCUGAGCGCCGAGUGGAUCCCGCUGGCCCCGCCCCGGCACCCCGGCAAGAUCCGCGUGUACCUGGACUACGAAGGAGGGGUGGUGGCUUUCUACGAUGCCGAGACCACGGCCCCUCUCCACGCCUUCUCCGCCUCCUUCCACGGGCCGAUCCUCCCCUUCUUCUGGGUCUGGUCCGCGGGGACCUCCCUGCGGCUGUGCCCCCCGCCGGGACUUCCAGCUGCUGUGGCAAUACAAGAAACCACUGCAUAUCAUAUUGAAAGAUACAGUGUACCAAUCCUUCAAGCUGCUGAUCCUUGA